AUGGAUAGGCCUGUGGAAAAGAUGCAUGUGAAGGAAUUAAAAGAAAUUCUUGUAAGGAAGAAAGUGAGCCUGAAAGGAUUAACAGUGAAGGCCCAACUUGUUGCAAAGUAAGCCGGCAGCGUUUUUAACCCUGUGUUUUAUAUGAUUAAAUACACUUGACACUGACUUGAAAACCAUUAAAUGUACCUUUGUCUUUUGUCUCAUUAUUUUUUCUGUCUAAGUGAUUGCAAGUUUAAAAUUAGCGUCCCUUGUUGAUUUUUUUGUGCAGAGUGAAGGAAGUACUUCAAAUGUGUACAGAUGAUCGCGGGCAAAAUGAUCAAAAUAAUCAAGCGACCGCCGCUGCACUUCGUGCUCGAAGCAAAAAGAGCGACUCAGAUCUUGUUAGGGAGAAUGAGGAAAAGUUUAGAUUUUGUCCCUCUGAGAAGAAUAUGGAUCAACUACUGGACGAUCUUCCUCCAUUCACGUAUAAUACCAUUGUGAAAUAUGUCCGAAACUCCGGUAAAAACAUUCAGCAUUCCCCGGACUACAUGGUAAUGAAGCCUUUUGAACGUGGUGUCAAUUUUUUUAUUGAAGGAUACCUUCAUAACGUCGGGGCCAAGAAUCACAAAGGGAGCAAAACCUUUUAUUUCAGAGCCCUUUAA